AUGCUUGUGAAUGCGUCGAUUGGUGGCUGUAGGGCUGUUAUGAGACGUCGUUGUGUGGAUGUGCCUAUUGUUCGAGAUAUGUACCAGAUCAGGUUCAUCAAUCGGAAUAGUGCUGAUAGCGCUGGUGAGGGUGCGUGGAAGGUGACACCCAACUUUAACAACGGGGAUGGACAAUCCAUGAACAGCAAUGCUGCAGAUCACCAGUAA